AUGAAUUAUAUCCAUCAUCCUUAUCCAUAUGCCAGCCAUGUCCCGAUCGACCAGCCGAUCGCCUUUGAUCCGGCAAUGGCACACCCGUCCAUGAUGCAUCCGAUGGAUGGCUACAUCUACCAACACCCGCCAUUCGACAUGGUUGACUUCUAUCAUCAACCCAUCAUGGACUAUGAAGAAUACGCAGAGAACCUUUCGCGACCGCGGUUAACCAAGGAGCAAGUCGAGACCCUGGAAGCUCAGUUCCAGGCACACCCCAAGCCGAGCAGCAACGUCAAGCGCCAAUUGGCUGCUCAGACCAACCUAAGUCUCCCUCGCGUUGCUAAUUGGUUCCAGAACCGACGAGCAAAGGCAAAGCAACAGAAGAGACAGGAGGAAUUCGAAAGGAUGCAGAAGGCUAAAGUGGAAGCCGAGGAGGCUGCUCGCGGGAAAUCAGAGAACGCGGAUGACUCCGAGUCGAACCAAGAUGCCAAGGCCUCUGAAGGCACUCACAAAGAUACCCCUAAACCUGCAGACGGAACGACGUCCCAAAGUCGCACCAAGGCGUCUGGUUCACGGUCGAAGCACCAGAAAACCAAGAGCGAGGCCGCUCGCGAGGCUACUUUUGCUUCCUUGCAGAGGGCCCUGAACGCUGCUGUCGCGGCUCGCGAGCGAUACGGCUCGGAAGAAGACGAGGCUCAGCCCGGCGCUACAAGUGCCGAAGGAUCCGUCUCCCCGACCGCGGCCUUUUCGGUGAACGGUAGUCAAGAUAUCGGUCAUCGUGACCACCACCAGAGCGCGCUUACCUCGGCGUUGUCCGAAUGGGACCACGCCAAGGAUUCUGCUAUGUCGUGGACCUCGUCCCACAGCUCGCAGGGAACUCUUGGGUAUGCCAGCUUGAACGCGACGCCGCUGACUUCCGCCGCCGAGUCGUUGACUGUGCCGAGCUUGGACGGUUCGCAACAUCAUGAUGUAUCCCAUGACGAUGUCAUGCAGAACAUCCAAUUCCACCCUUCGGAGGGUGAGGGGUGGGCUGGGCAGAUGUCGACCAAAUCGCUUUCCGGCUACCACUCCACGAGUGAUGCCGAAGCUCCUUAUCACACCGCCCAAUACCACAUGCAGCCGGAACUGUCCUUGUCCAGGCGAGAGUCGUCCGACGAACUUGCCGACACGCUGGAAGGCAUCGGAAUUCACGGGACACAUGGUCUGCCCCAGCUCGCAAACCGGGCUGAUCCUUCGUGGAAGGAUGCUGGUAAAGAACUCGAUCUCGCUGCCCGGAGGAAGCGACCGAGGCCUGCCGCCAUUGGUACGUCGCGGUCUUCGUCAAUGCUGGCUGGAUCGGCUUCCAUGUCUCCCACCACGUCAAGGCUUCCGAGCUACGGCUCGGGGCAUAGCGUGAGACAGUCCAAAUCUGCCCAGUGUCUGAACUCUCGGUAUGCCGGGGUCAGAAAGGCCUCUGCGGCUCAGCGCUCGCCCCUCAAUCUCUCCACGUUCGCCGAGGCUGGGGCGCUGGCUUCCUCCAAAGCCGAGAUGUCGUCCAUGCUGCAGCCUGCCGUGACGACAGGCGCGCUAGCACCGCCGACCCCCCUUACACCGGAGGACUUCCACCACUUGCUGCCGACCACUCCUAGUGAUGGCGGAUAUUGCCUGUCAGCCCAACCCACCAGCCAGCUGUUCCCGACCACGCAGCCCAUGCAGACCAACAUUGCGUCACCUCCGGCUACUCCCUUAGCCGUGGAUAUCAUGUCCUCCUACCCUUACCAAGGCGUGGCACCGCCCAUGUCUGCUCCUGCUCACUACACGUCAUUUCCCGACUACGCUGCUGCUUGUGAUGGGGCUGUGUUGACGGGGCGAAGCUGGACUGACGCCACCUCAAUGCCUUCCCCAGAAGCCGCUUUUCAGAGCCGCUGUCCAAUUCCGCAGCAGGGGGACAUCCCAUCCAUGUCGUACGAGCACUCCGUCGACAGCGUGUCGGGCUCGCCUACUUUGAUGUAUCCGACCACCGAUGCCGACAUGCCGACGUUGACUGCGUCGUUGGCUGGUGAUUCGAAGCCCACCGAAUUCUACAUCCAUGAAUUCCCGGAACAACAGGAGGCUCACCGAUUUGUCGCCCAACAACUUCCUCAAAAACCCAAAGCGUACACGUUCACGAACCAAACGCCGAAUGACUUUUGA